UGCGUCUCUCUUGGGCGCUGCAUCAGCACGGUGCCGCGUCGUCUCCGAUGCAACGCUUACGAAAUUUCACCUGAAAACGUGGCCUGCCAAGGGAUCUCCGUGUAGUGUUUAUGUUGCUCGACAGAACCUCGUUCUCAUUUCCGAAACGCUUCGACAUGGACGAAACGUCAAGCACGGGUCGGGUGCCGGGGAGUUGGUCUCUACGCGAGCUGUGGUUUAUGGAAGCACACGGGGGAUAUCAGGACAAUCCAGACUGUUCGGCAAGGCUGAUGUGAGUGAAGGCUCGUGCUCCAAGGUAUUCCUGCAGUGCUGUUGAACGUCCUUCUUGCAGUCCGGCGGUCCCACGGCACAUAUAUAUCUGCAGUUCGCGGCCCUUCCUGAAUGAACUUGAACCAGAAGGAGAAAAAAAGUUCCGGGUCUCUGACUGGGUGACAUCAUCUUAAGAUAUUCGACGGAUGUUGGGUUAUUCUGGCCUAAGACGCGCCUCGUGUUUCUCCGUAACCCAGUGGUGGUGACAGCUACUUGCGCAAUGCUCCUGCACAGGAAGUGUUGCCUUCCGGGAACUGCUCUUGUGGCUAGAUAGUCGUCAGUCGGCUUGGCAACUAUAACAGCACUGCAUAUACAGACGUGCACAGCGAAUAUAGUGGUCACGGCAGCUUGUCGAAUGAGUGUGCCACCGGGAUUAGCACAGUCGUUCUGCGGUGGGAAGUGAAGUCGAUAUUUGCUCGAGCGACAGGACAAACUGAAGAUGGGUCCCGGCGCGACAUCGCCAGACAUCGCGACGGUGUUCUGCGAAGACGCACGCGAGUGGGACGACUACUUGACGGACUGCUUCCGACAGCAACUGGCUCCCAAGGCGCUCAGCAUCGUCCACGAGAAACUCGAAGAACUCCCGCUUCCGCUAGCACCGGUCACGGCCAAAAACUUCACUCAAGCAAAGGUUGUGCUGGUGAUCAUAUCGCCGGACUUCUUGGACACCGUCGAGCGUCGCGGACCCGAACUAUUUGACCUGGGCCGCUUACUAGAGCCGGGCCACACCAUCGCAAUGCUGUGUGGGGUUACCCACGACGAAGUCGGCCUCAGCCAUCGAGCAGCUUUCCCCUCGUAUUCGUCGUGGCCCCUUCUGGUUGCCAAGAACCAGGACAAGGACUUUGUUCUCAGUGUUGUGAGCGAGACGUGUUCACUUUUGAAGAAAGUGGAAGAGGAGCAAGAAGAAGCGAGGAAAAACGCAUCGGCCCUAAAGACGCAGCAGUUUAGGCUCUCGCCCAGGAAAGUCCAGGAGGGAAGCACCAAGAUUUUUGUAAUGUUGAAUCAGGCCGUUCAGCAGAAUCAAAAGUUCGAAGUUCUUCUAGAGAGUGGCGGCAUAAAAGACAUACCAGUAAAGUGGAGAAACCCCUAUGUUCUGCAAUUUGUUGUUCCAGAUUCAUUCCUUCAAACCUCAAAGAUUAUCAACGUCCACGUCCGUUGCGAUGGCAGCUUGUUGGGAGUUCGGCAGCUGAAAUGCGAAUCCAAACUGUCGGAGUUACACAACUUGCUUCAGACAGCGGUGUCCCCGUAUGAAAUGCUCUGCCUCACCACUGGGCUGGCAACCCUGCACGAGGUGGAUAUCGCUCUCACCAAGAGCUUCCAAUCAAACAUUCCCAGUGAAGGAUUCGCCUUCCUCAAACCUCAGCAGCUACUCUCAGAAAGGAAAAGAAGUGAGGAACUCCUACCAACACUUUUGCAUUUUGCUGCGUACUACGGUCUGCAAGAACUCGCGUCAACCUUGCUUCAGUGUCCUGGUGCUCUCCACUGCUGUUUCUUGCUUAAUUGCAAAGGGCAGACACCAGCAGCACUAGCAACUGGAGCAGGGCACCGCGACAUUGCAAGUAUGCUCAACGAUUUUCAGAAGGUAGCAAGUGCAACAUCAACAGACAAGCUGACAAGUCAGGACAAUGGAACACUCAGGACAUCUAGCAAACCAAAGGGUACCUCUCCAAAACCUACUCCUGCUAGCAUUCACUAUGCAAAUGAUGGGAUGGCCAACUACGACACCCCAAACAUUCCUCGAGCUGCACCGAUUUCCAAUCCGUCGUACGGCAUGACAGACACACUGAAAAAUAUCGAACCAUCGCCAGAAGAUCAGAUGGGAGGCACAGAAGAUGAAUAUCUCAUCAUGAUGCCUUUCUGCACCCCACCGCAACAAGAAGGAACGGACACUGCAAAUAAGCUACAGUCCCCUGCAACUUGUCCUGCAAAUCCUCCGAGCAGCACCCCUUUAGAAGACAAGAUGCAAGAUAUUCUCAACAUGGAGUUUUCCAACACUCAGGAAGAUUUAAUUAAAAUUAUUGAAAUGUACAAGAAGGGUGUUCCGUUUUCUCAAGUGGAGCAGAUGUUUGAUGUGUGGAAGAAGAACUUCGAAGCCUCCAAAACAGCGGAAGAGUGCGAACCUGCACGGGAGAAGCACAGACAGAAAGGAAGCUCUGGAAAACAGUUUUUCAACUUCAGCGACAUUCGUCAUAUGCUGACCGGAAAAAGUCCACGCCGUGGCAGUAAUGCCAGCAUGUCCGGAAAGACGUCCGUUCACUUGGUGAACGAGGAUAGCUCUGACGGCGACGCUUUCAGACGUGUCAGUACCCUAAGCGCGGCAUCUACGUCAAGCAGCGGUAGUAACGCAAGCUCAUCGUCGAGUGACCGUCUCAGCACCAUGAGUUCCAUAAGCGCCUACGACAGCGGAACACAUUCAGAUGUGUGUGAUGACACGGGUAGAGCUCCCGUGCCCCCACCUAGACCCCCGAGGUUCCCGGGGGCAAAACAGAACGACCCUCGGACACAUCAGUACUACAAGUUCCCCCCAGUAGAAGAGACUGGCCUCGUAGCAGUCCACAAGACAGAUGAUGGCACCAACCAAACUCACACCAAGAGCAAACUAGGGAAACCCAACAGCAACAAUGCAGAUUACCUAGUGGCUGAUAUGCAGUCACUCAUGAGGAGUUUGAAACAAACAAACCAGGCAAGUACUCCGAACGAAGCAGCCAUCCGCACGUGUCGAGGUUCUGCCGACAUCUACUACGACAUCCCCCAAAUGCCUCGGCCCGUGUUGCAGCGACACAACCCCCUGCUGGAUUACGACUUCCCAGCUGCAGCACUGCGAAGGGUAGCGCAGCAGCAGAACAAGCAGCACUCCGACAAUGAACAGCAUUACUAUGAUAUACCAAAGUUCAGCUACCCGUCUGUACCAACGAGGGAAGCCAGACUCAGUAUUCCAGAUGUUCCUCCGCCCCCUGUACCAGUGGACGACUAACACUUGAAGCCCUCGAAAGAGAAGAAGUCAGCGAAUGUAGCUGAAGGCAAGCUAGCUGGUGUAGACCUAAGGACAGGUAAUGUUCCCUAGAGUUGAUGGGCACGAGAGGACCAGACUUUAAAUGCAACUAGCAUGACCAUAAACUUUACGUGGAAACAGGUGUACUUCAAUGUAGGCGUUCUACUUAUCGCUUUGUUACACUGGCUUGAACAACAAAAAAUUCAACGAUAUAAAAACGGACAUUUCGACGCCAAUGUGGGCGUCCUCAUCAACUUGAAAAACGUAAUGAAGACUGUUCAUGAGAAAGGGAAUCCUUUUAAACCCUUGUAGCAUUCCAGGAGAGGCCCGUGAACACAGGUAGGGAGUCAGAAAGUUCCUAGAGCAAUGGCACAUUCAUAGUGAUAAGAAUGCCUGUAACAGCCACGAGAGGCCUCUACCGGAAUGCUACAAGGGUUUAAAAGGAUGCCCUUUCUCAUGAACAGUCUUCAUUACGUUUUUCAAGCUGAUGAGAACGCCCGCAUGGCCGUCUUCAUCGUUGUCCGUCGUCCUUUGUUAUCGUUGAAUUUUUUGUUGCGCGAGCCAACGUAACAAAGUGAUAAAAAUCGUGGCUCCUGGCUUUUGGUCUACUUUCAACUCCAAUGUAAGCACUGUUUUGGACGUUUCAUACGGCAUCCUAGCAAGAGCUUAGGUUCAUGAAAAGCUUUCAAUUUCUGUGCAAUGAAGCAGCCUCAUAGUCUAUGUUAGUGUCCCAUAAUCAGUGUAUGUAAUAUUCUAUUAAGCAACUCUAAUAGAACUUUUUAAAUGUCAAUUCUACCCCACAAUUGAUUCUGUACCACAUUUCGUCUACGAUUGAUGUUUAAAUAUUGCAGUCCUGUACACCUCAAGGAAGUGCCCACUUUGCUACUGCUUCUCUUGAGCAGAUGCAUCAAACGACACCCUGCAUUUACAGGAACUUGAUCAAUGCCCCACAAUACAGUAACACAGAGCUCUCCGUUCUAUGAACUUGUGUGGUGUGCCUUAUUAGCACCCCACGUACAUCACAUGUCAUACCCACCCUAAUAGUUAUGUAUGAAGAGCUUAACAUGCACAUUACAACAGGGGCUGAAACUGGAAUGAGUACAGGUUCAGUUAUGGUUCAGUGUCAGAACUCCGAAAGCGGUUUCGGUUACGGGAUUCGCCAUCUCGAUAUUUGUGGUUACUGGUAACCAAGCAGUUGAACCGGUAUUUUUUUUUUCUUCUUUCGGUUUUCUCUAGUAUGUAUCUGCAGGCUGCGUGGAUGUUGCAAAAUGAGUGCAAGUACGGUUUCGGUUAAUUGCGGUUACGUUCCGGUUCCGGUUCUUGAAAAAAUUUGGGUUCCAAGCGGUUUUCAGUUUCGUUCCGGUUUUGGUCCCUGCAUUACAAUAUAAUUAUGUUAUACUGUUGAGCCUUUUGUGAAGGGAAACCCUAGCAUGAAUAAGCUAGUGGAAAGCAGAACUGAGAGUAGCCGGUAUGAUAAAGUUCAAAGUAAUCUUGUUCAUGUAUCAUGUGGAUGUACAACUUUGAAAACAUACCAAUAUGCAGUGCUACAACAACUUACAAAAGCAUGGAAUCGAUUAUUUUGAACUCGUAUGGUAGUUUUUACUAAAUUUACUUACAAGCUAACGAAGCACAAGCUAAUGUUGGUGCUGCCUCCAAGCUUAUGUGCCUUGAGACGGGUGAUUUAUGGAAGAUGAGUAUUUAUAUGAUGCAUACAAAAUGCAGAUACAAACUCUGUUCAACGAAUUAUGAAACACAAGUAGAUGAUUUGAUCGUUUAAGCAUUUGGUCCCAUGUUUUUUGCAUAAGGAUUUCCAGCUAUAACGAAUUCUCGGACACUUUUCUUGAAUUCAGCUCAUAUGAUGCCUAAUUAUGUGGCAAUUUUGAAAUUAUCAUGCAAAUAUUCCUUAGCAUAGAACUGUGGGAAGAAAGAAACAAGGUGUGUGUGCCUAAAUGUCAUAAAAAAAUUUGAUGCCAGAACAUUCUAGCUUUAGUCCGAAGUGCUAUGCAACAGAAGAUUGACAACAGCCUAUUGUGAUGUUAGUUUACAAACAUGGUCUGAACAUAUGAAACAUGACGAAGUGUACAUUCAAAUAUGUAAUAUGCACACAGUCUGCGAUUCACAGUAUCGCACUGCCAAAUAUAAAAUAUGUACUUGAUGAACAGGAAGACAAACAAAGCUGAAGCCUGAAAGCCUCUGAGCUGAAACAAUAUGAUCCAACACUAGGAGAAGCAAGAUGAGAAGUGAAACUAUGUCACCUCCCGGAUCUGUUUCACAUUCGAUUGAACACACUACACUGAACCAUGUAACCAUAAGAUGCAAAUAUGCAAAUGCUCAGAUGAACCACAACUGGAGAACUAUCAAAAUGUUCCUGUUGUUCCUCUCUUUUGCCACUAUAGUAAUUUUAUAAAUGGUACGAUAUUUUCUGUGAAACUCUGUGAUGUCUAGAAAGUCUGUUUAAUGUUGUACUUUGUUUCCACUAAUUGCUGUAUAUUUAUUUUGUCUCUGUGUUUCUUUGCCCGUCACGAUGUAAAUACAUCUGUGCAUAGUGCUUAAUUGAUGGAAACUAUGCCAAAGUCAUUAGAAAAAAACUUGUCAAUUUAUUGAACGCUGCAACAAAUAAAAUAUGUGACAAUGUA